GAGGCAAGGGCAGUACAAAGACAAAGCCCCCGAGGGGCAAGGAUCUCUUGGAGAGAUUGAUGGAGAAGGGGCUGAUGCCUUUGUCGGCCCUGGACGUGAUCCGUGGCUGGAUGAUACUGGAGAUGAGUACCUCGACGGAGGAGGAGAGAAGGAUCGUGAAGGCGGCCACCAGAAACCGGCUGGGCUACCAAGAGGUGAAGCAGGCCCUCCUGGCGAUGUACGAGGACCGUGGCAAAGGCGGAGGGCGACCCUUUGCGGCUGGAAAGUCGGCCAUGUGGGGAGAGAUGGAGACAGAGGCCGAUGCGGUCUAUGCCGGAGCCGGUAUGCCGGCCCACAUGUACUACACCGACGAGCACUCCAGCCAGGGUUGGUGGCCCAACGAGUACGACUGGGGCUACUACGGAGAGGAGCAGCCCUGGGAGGAAGAGGAGCCGGAGUGGACCGCCGACACCCCGGACGAGCCCAAUGACGAAGUCUACGCGCAACUCCGAGAGGAACAACAGGACAUCGAGCAGCAGCGGCGUGACCUGGAAGCCAUGAUGGCCGAAAACGACCGGAACCUUGCCGAGGCCAGGAAGGCCGUGGCAAACGCAGCCCGAGAUCGUGGAUGGCAUGGAAAUGUUCAACAACGGCAGCAGAGGCCUACAUCCACAUACAUGACGAAGGGCAAGGGCAAGAAUGGCAAGGGCAAGGCCGGGAAGUCGGCCAAGAUGGCGGAGGAGGCACACUGGAUGGGUGCCAAGAAGGGCUUCAAGGGCCCGCCGUUCAAGAGCAAGGGCAAAGGACAGGGCAAAGGAAGUUUGCCUUGGGGCCAGAGUUUCUUCACCGAGGGCCCCACGCUGAUCGAGGACGCCGAGUUCUUCACCACCACUUCCGCCGACGACAACCCGAACGGGCCCAAGGACAACGACGGCAACCAGCUGAAGGCAACUGAGGGCUUGGUAGACACAGGCGCCACGGCAACAGCCGGUGGCCAGACAGCUGUGGAAAGGCUCUGCGCAGCAGUCGCGGCAGCCAGACCGGAGUUGAAGGUGACGAUCCACGAGUCCGUGCGCCCGUAUUUCAGGUAUGGUAGCGGGAAGUGGGGAAGGGCUUUGUACAAGGUAAGUCUGUCCUGGAAGAACAACGUCGUCAACCUGUUUGCCCUGCCGAGUGAAGGGGUUCCUGUUUUGGUUGGUAUGAGAGAGCUGAAGAUCUUCGUCGACAACUCAGACUACAAGAAGGCUCCACUGAGAUGGAUUACGAUAGGCAACGAGCCCAAGAUUCCCGGACUCCCAUCCGACUCCGCGAGCAUGGCCGCUUCCUCGAGCGAGAUGAAAGAGGCGAUCCGGACCGUCGUGCGCGAAGAGGUGGAGAAGACCGUGCGGGAGACGAUUCGCGACGCCCUCGCCGAGGAGAACGGCAGCCGUGGCGCGACCAAAGGUGGUCGCAAGAAGAAAGGCGAAGCCACCGUGUACGACGAGACGAGGAAGAUGGGUGGCGACGAACGAGAUCCCCGCCGAGGUCCAGACCAAUGGCCAUGCUAUGGCCGGCACAUCGCCUCAAGGGGAGCCAACCGCUACGGCCGCUGGGAGGAGUGCGGCAAGUGCGGCUACAGGAUGGGAUACACUCCGGCCGUGAACGCCCCAGCCGAGUCCACCAGGACGAACCUGCCGAUGAACGUGACCGAGGCCCUCGAGCGUCUGCGACAGUCGGGCAUCCCAGCCGACGAGGUCGAGAUCAAGCAGAUCAAGAACAUGAUCGACAUCGUGGCGAAGGAGAAACGGCUCCUGGCGACCCGGAAGACGCAGACCGCAAAGGCGAAGGCACGCGCGGAUGGCAAGGCCAGGAGUCCCCGGGAGGACAUGGACGGCUACAUCAAGGUGGACGAGGCCGAGGACCAGCCAGUGAACGAGAACUACAAGGCGGAGACGACCGAGCCGGCAAAGCAGGAGAGUUCACCUGGAGAUUCCGGAGACGAUGAAGCCGGCCCAGCAGAUGAUUCUCAGGACGAGGUCAAGAAAGAGGAGGAUGAAGAGCUGGAAUGGCUGGAGAACUCAAGCGAGCUGAAAGCCAACCUCCGGAAUCAGAUAAAGAAGGCCUGUGACGAAUUCAACGUGUCGACCAUUUUGGCGGCACUGCAGCCUCUGGAUGUGUGGGAGGUUGCUUGCAGGACUGGGAAUACCUUUGGAAGUGCAGGUGGACUUCGUGGAGCGACCGUCCACUGUAAGACAUUGGACCACGGCUAUGACAUCAACAAAGAAGUAGAUGCCGAAAGACUUAGGCGAGAGUGCCUCAGCAAUCCACCAUGGAGACUCUGGCUGUCUCCAGCAUGCAUCCUUCCGAAGGAGGAGAACGACCGCAACACCAUGAACUACGAGGCCAAUCUUCGGAAGAAGCGGACGAAGGUCCGCAAGCAGCUGGAACACAUGGAUUCCCUUGUCGAGGCAGCGACAAGGAGAAACUACAAGGGCCAGAGGAUCUACGUGGAGAUUCCCUACGAGGCCAAGGGCACCUGGAACCUCGAGGUCGUGAAACAGAUACGCCGACGGCUGGAGCAGGGCGACCGGCAAGUGUACCAGACGCACAUCAAUGCAUGCGAGCUGGGCGUCCGGGACGCCGACGGCAAGCCGGUCAAGAAGGCCUGGGUGGUCAUGCACAAUGACCACGAGUUUCACGAUGUGAUGAACACCAGGUGCCGAGGAGAUCACGAACACGGUGAUCGGGAGGCCUACCAGCGCCUCACGGAGGCCGGCAUGUCCUUCUACCCGCCGCAGAUGGUCCUCCGCAUCCAACGAUUGUGGCAAUCUCAGACAGCACGGCGAGUACGAGACAACGAUGCUCAGGCCGUGAUGAUGGCCGCCGUGGAGCUGGAGGAGGAGAUCGCCAACCAACGGGAUUUGGCCGAAGAACAAGAGCUGCUGGCGGCGGAUGAAGGAGAAGUGCGGGAGAACGAGCUGGUGACUGAGGACAUGAAGGAACAGGCCAGGGCGCUUCUUCAUCGCCUACACAAAGCCGCCGGCCACCCGAGCAAUCGAGCUUUGGCAAGGAUUUGCCGUGAUCGAGGCAUGCCAAAGUGGGUGGUGGACUUGGCCAUCAACUUGAAAUGCCAGGCAUGCCUGAACACUCAACGCGGCGAGCAGCUGAUUGUUCCCCACUCCGUCGGGACAAAGCCUCAGCCGUGGCAGAUGAUCGGGAUUGACGUGUUCGAGUUAGUCUUCCCUGAGCAGCGGCGCAAGGCGAGGUACUUGAUCACCAUGUGCCUCGUGAUGAGGUACAUGACAGUGGAGCUGCUCUGGGAGGGACCGAUGAACGAGACGGGCACUGACUCGGGCGAGAAGUUGGUUUCAGUCUUCAGUGAGUCGUGGCUACAACACCGGCCCCGACCUGAAUGGCUGCUGUGCGACCCCCAGUCUUCGCUCUCCAAGGGAGUCUUUUCAGAGUUUUGCCACUGGAUUGGAGUUGGCCUGGCAGUGACCCCUGGAGAGGGCCAUUGGCAAAACGGAGCAGUGGAAACAGCCGUCAAGUCAGUGAAGAAGACUAUGAAACGCCUGAGGAACGAUGACAAAGACCUCAGCCCGAAGACGUGCGGCCAUCUGGCCGCCAUGGCGCACAAUAACAUGGACAAGGUCAAGG